AUGGCAACCCUUCGAGUCGACGAAAUUCAUAAAAUUCUCCGCGAACGUAUUGAACAAUAUAAUAGGAAAGUAGGGAUUGAGAAUAUAGGUCGCGUAGUUCAAGUGGGGGAUGGGAUUGCUCGUAUUAUAGGUCUUGGUGAAAUAAUGUCAGGUGAAUUAGUCGAAUUUGCAGAAGGUACUAGGGGUAUUGCUCUGAAUUUGGAAUCCAAAAAUGUUGGGAUUGUAUUAAUGGGCGAUGGGUUGAUGAUACAAGAGGGAAGUUUUGUAAAAGCAACAGGAAGAAUUGCUCAGAUACCCGUGAGUGAGGCUUACUUGGGUCGUGUUGUAAAUGCUCUGGCUAAACCUAUUGAUGGGAAAGGCGAAAUUAUAGCUUCCGAAUCUCGCUUAAUUGAAUCUCCUGCUCCAAGUAUAAUUUCCAGGCGUUCCGUAUACGAACCUCUUCAAACAGGGCUUAUUGCUAUCGAUUCGAUGAUCCCUAUAGGGCGCGGUCAGCGAGAGUUAAUUAUUGGGGACAGACAGACUGGCAAAACAGCAGUAGCCACAGAUACAAUUCUCAAUCAAAAAGGGCAAGGUGUAAUAUGUGUUUAUGUAGCUAUCGGUCAAAGAGCAUCCUCCGUAGCUCAAGUAGUAACUACUUUCCAUGAGGAGGGGGCCAUGGAAUACACUAUUGUAGUAGCUGAAAUGGCGGAUUCACCUGCUACAUUACAAUACCUCGCUCCUUAUACGGGAGCAGCCCUGGCUGAGUAUUUUAUGUACCGCGAACGGCAUACUUUAAUAAUUUAUGAUGAUCUCUCCAAACAGGCACAAGCUUAUCGCCAAAUGUCCCUUCUAUUAAGAAGACCUCCCGGACGUGAGGCUUAUCCAGGGGAUGUUUUUUAUUUGCAUUCACGCCUUUUAGAAAGAGCCGCUAAAUUAAAUUCUCUUUUAGGCGAAGGAAGUAUGACCGCUUUACCAAUAGUUGAGACUCAAUCUGGAGACGUUUCCGCCUAUAUUCCUACUAAUGUAAUCUCCAUUACAGAUGGACAAAUAUUCUUAUCUGCGGAUCUAUUCAAUGCCGGAAUUCGACCCGCUAUUAAUGUGGGUAUUUCUGUUUCCAGAGUAGGAUCCGCGGCUCAAAUUAAAGCCAUGAAACAAGUAGCUGGCAAAUCAAAAUUGGAACUAGCGCAAUUCGCAGAGUUACAAGCCUUUGCACAAUUCGCCUCUGCUCUCGAUAAAACAAGUCAGAAUCAAUUGGCAAGGGGUCGACGAUUAAGGGAAUUGCUUAAACAAUCCCAGGCAAAUCCUCUCCCAGUGGAAGAGCAGAUAGCUACUAUUUAUACCGGAACAAGAGGAUAUCUUGAUUCGUUAGAAAUUGAACAGGUAAAUAAAUUUCUGGAUGAGUUACGUAAACAUCUAAAAGAUACUAAACCUCAAUUCCAAGAAAUUAUAUCUUCUAGCAAGACAUUCACCGAGCAAGCGGAAAUCCUUUUGAAGGAAGCUAUUCAGGAACAGCUGGAACGGUUUUCUCUUCAGUAA